CUAGCUAGUAGCUUAGCUAGCCGGCCAGACGAUCAGAUGACAGAGGGGGCGGGGCUGGAGGAUUGGUUUUCUCUCCCUAGAAAAACAGAAGCUGUGAACAUAAUGGACUGGAAAGUGUGUAUCCUGCAGGGGCUUCGUGUGAGGAAUCAGAAAGAGUCUGUCCCUUUUCGAGACCUUGUGACAUCAUAUGGCAAUCUUCAAGACCAAGUGGCCUCUUCCAAGAGAGAGACAACUCGACUGGAAUUCCAGAACAAUGAGCUAGAGAAGCAGAUGAUGGCGUUGGAGAGAGGAGGGGAGAGCAGUGGUCCUAAAAUAAGUGAGACUCUGUUGACCAAGAGCAAACAACGUGUGGAGGAGCUGCAGACUAAACUGGUGGCCAAGACGGAAGAGCUCAUGGAGGCACAGAAGACCUGGAUGGAAGUGAGAGAGGCACUCAGGAAGACAGAGGACGAGGUUCAGAGGAAGGAGAGGAGGGUAUCUGACCUGCAAGACACUCAGCGCAAACUGGAGGAGGACAGUGAACAUCUCAAGAAGCUGCUUAAAAGCUCUGAGAAGAUGAACAAAGACAUGAUAGACGAACACGAUGCUCUCAACACAGCUUUCAACGCACUCCAGAAGAAACUCAAGGGCACAGAGGCUGAGAACGACACCCUGAGGACCAAGCUCAUGUCUAUUAAAGCAAAAGAUGCUGACAGACUCAACGAAGAAAAUGAAUCUUUCAGAGAGAAGCGUAAGAAAGCUCUCGAGGACGAGAUAGCUCAAGCUGCCCAGGAGAAGCCGAGUCCACUCCACCAGGGCGGGGCAGGGGGAGGGUCUGAGAGGAGGCGUCAUAGCAGCAAGGACGAGAGGAAGACUCGUAAAGAGAGCUCUGAUUCUAGGUCCUGUGACCUGGCCCCGCCCGGUCCUUCCAUCCACCCGACCACCAAGCUGCACACUGUGGACGCUCACGAUCAAGAGGUGAGUGCGUUGUGCUUCAGUGGAGACGGUAACUACAUGGCAACAGGAGGAGCUGAUAAAAUGGUCAAGGUCUGGACAGUGUCACAUGACAAAGUGGAGGCCAAGUACACUCUUCAAGGCUGCGGUGCCAGUGUUAUGUCUGUACAGUUUGACCAACAUUCGAGGAUGGUGCUUGCCGGGACCAACGACUAUGCUGCCAGGAUCUGGAGUCUGUCUAGUCAGCAACCAAAAAGCAUUUUGACUGGGCACUCUAAUAAAGUGAUGGCUGCCAAGUUUUUGGAAGACAAUUCCAAAGUGGUAACUGGUAGCCAUGAUCGUACACUCAAGAUCUGGGACCUCCAGCACAAAACAUGCACUAAGACACUGUUUGCCGGGUCUAGCUGUAACGACGUGGUCACAGGACGAGGGAUGGGGACCACCAUGAUCAGCGGACAUUUCGACAAAAGGAUCAGAUUCUGGGAUCUUAGGACAACUACAGCUAACGAGAUUGCUCUACAGGGCAAGGUGACCUCAUUGGACCACUUCCCUGAGCGUCACCUUCUCUUGUGCUGUUCCCGUGACGAUACGCUCCGUUUAAUUGAUCUCAGACAGAACUCCAUUUCAGCCACAUUCAGUGCCAAUGGUUUCCAUGUGAGCGUGGACUGGACUAGAGCUUGCUUCAGUCCCGACGGACAGUACGUGGCAGCUGGGUCUUCUGACGGCACUCUCUUUGUCUGGGAGGUCCUUACCAAAGCUGUCAAGGCACACAAGGAACACAGCAAGGACGUGGUAGUUUGCUCGUGGCACCCUCAAGGUCACCUCUUUGCCUCAGGGGACAGGAACAAGAAGGUCAUCAUCUGGAAGCGAUAACUUGAACCCCGCUUAGUUAGAAUGUUUGGACAGAAUGGUUGUGUUUUGUGUGUGUAUAAAUGCGGAGUUUAUUUUUGAGUUUGUAAAAUUAUAAACAUUUUGAUGGGUAAAAAAAAAUCUUUGCAAAUUGGA